GCUGACAUGGCAAAGAGAGUUGCUGUCAUAGGAGCUGGCGCUAGUGGUCUAACCGCCAUUAAGUGCUGCUUGGAUGAGGGGCUGCAGCCAACGUGUUUUGAGAGGAGUGAAGACAUCGGGGGGCUUUGGAGGUUCCAGGAGUAUGAUAUCGACGACCAAGCAAGCAUUUACAAAUCUCUGACCAUCAACACCUCCAAGGAGAUGAUGAGUUACAGCGAUUUCCCCAUCCCUGGGGAUUUCCCAAACUACAUGCACCACAGCAAAGUGAUGGAGUACUUCAGGAUGUACGCAAAGCACUUCCGCUUGCUUGAAUGCAUACGAUUCAAAGUGCGUGUCUGUCAGGUAAAGAAGUGCCCAGAUUUCCCAAUCACUGGCCAAUGGGAGGUUGUAACAGAAAUGUAUACAGGAGGAGACCAGGAAUCCAUGCAUCUUUGAUGCUGUUCUCUGGUCUGUUACCAUUACCAUGUGUACCCUUAUUAUCCUCUUGAUUCAUUUCCCGGGGUCAAAAAGUUUAAAGGGAGAAUUAUACACAGCCGGGAAUAUAAACAUCCCGAAGAAUUCCGGGACCAGAGGAUUCUUGUGAUAGGCUUGGGAAAUUCGGGAGCGGACAUCUCUGUGGACCUUAGCCAUGUGACUAAGCAGAUCUUUCUGAGCACCAGGACUGGCACUUGGGUGGUAAACCGUGUCUCUGAUGAUGGGUACCCCCUGGAUGUGGUGCAUUUUACGCGAUUCAAAACUCUCCUUCGCCAAAUUCUGCCCAUUGCUCUGGUGAACCUGUGGGGUGAGAGAAAGCUGAACACAAGAUUUAACCAUGAGAAUUAUGGUAUAAAACCCCAGCACAGGUUCCUCAGCAGGUAUCCAAUUGCGGCAGAUGACCUCCCCAAUGCUAUAAUUGCUGGCAGGGUGCUGAUGAAGCCGAAUGUCAGGGAGUUCACUGAGCGAGGGGUGGUUUUUGAAGACGGCAGCUGGGAAGAAAACGUCGACGUCGUGAUCUUUGCUACGGGAUACAACUUUGCCUUCCCCUUCAUAGACGAGAGCAUCAUUAGCGUCAAGAAUAACCGGGUUCCACUGUACAAGUUUGUCUUCCCACCACAUCUGGAAAGACCCACGCUGGCCAUCAUCGGCCUUCUCCAACCAUUGGGAGCCAUUAUGCCAAUAGCUGAGCUCCAGGCCCGCUGGGCCACAAGAGUCUUCAAGGGGCUAAUCAAGUUGCCUUCAGUUGAUGUGAUGAUGGGUGACAUUGGUCAGAAGAUCAAGAAAAACGAGACAUGGUACGCCUCCAGCCAGCACGUCUCCCUCCAGGUGCAAUACGUCGAUCACAUGGACGAACUGGCUUCCCUGUCGGGAGUGAGGCCCCACCUGCUGAACCUGUUUCUGACCGACCCGAAGCUGGCCUGGAAAGUGUUCUUCGGGCCCUGCUCUCCAGUGCAGUUCCGCCUGAAUGGUCCCGGGAAGUGGGAAGGAGCCAGAGAUGCUAUCCUAACCCAGAAAGAGAGGAUUGUCAAGGCCACAAAGACGCGUGCAGUGCAGGCUUGCAGUGGGGCCAACGCCAUGUCUGCCCCCUGUUUGCUUAUCAGAAUGCUCGGCUGUCUUGCUGUCUGUGCUGUGAUUGUGGCGUUUUUGUAAGCGGUUGUGUGGUCCACAGAAAAUAAUUGCUGCAUCUGUGAGCCAGGGACAUAGCUGAGGAACACAGAGGUGUAACAAGGCAAACUGGAGCCCUGGGCAAAACAUGAGUUGGAUGCCCCCCCCCAUAGGUGGCCACCCCACCAUGACCAAUUUUUUUUUUGCAUCAGGUAAUUGGUGCCUGGAGGGGGUUCAUUUUUAAACAUAUUGGCACCAAAAUUUCAGGGUAUCAUCCAGAGGUGGUCUUGAUGCUACCCCCCAGUUUGGGGCAGUUUGGUUC